AUGUUCAAACCACUCUCUGGACGAAGGAGAAGGCCACCAGUCGUGGCCCGCUCGGGCAUGGAGGAGUCUAUGGUAGAUGAAGUACAAAUUGUAAUUGAUCUGGAAGAUGGUGACCAUCAUCCACAACAACAUGUUGUCGUUAAUGUUGAACAACAAAAGACACCUCCAUCAUCUCCACAACCAAAAACAUCACAACAACAAAUCCAACCGAAACAUCAGGCACAGCCACAACCCAAGACACCACAACAGCCACAGUCACAGUCACAAUCACAAUCACAUCCACAGACACCAAGGGACAACAGAACUCCAAACAAGUCAGCGUCUGCAACUAAGCAUAAUGUCCCAGGUGGUACUUUGAAACGUCAAACAACUGAUGAGUUUGUCAAGAUGUUUGAUCAACUGGAGAUUAUCAAUGCGAGCCCAGACAUCAACGCCAACAACAAUGCCAACAACAAUGCCAAAGCCACCAUCUUGACCUCACCAAACUCUGAUAUAAUCGUGGGCGAAGAUGAUCAACAACCAGAGAUUGACAAUGACAAUGAGGAUGAUGACGAUGAAGAUGAGGACGACGAGGAGGGAGGCGAUCCAAACGCAGUGGUCGAGCUUGGCAAGGAUGCUGAAGAGGACGACGAGGAAGACCCAGAUCCCGUGGACUUCACCCAGGACGACUUGUUCGAUUCAAACAAGUUUGUUGGCCUUCAUGAGCAGGUGCGCCAGAGGAACAGUCGCCAGCGAUACCAGCGCGAGCAGAGGAUGAACGAGAUGUUUGACAAGAUCACCGGUGGUGCGCCACCACCCUACAUCACUCCGACCAAGUUCCAAAAGUUCCGCAAGAGGGAGACCCCAUCCGAACCGUUCGGCGGCAUCGAUGAUCCCGAGCUUCGAGAACAAAUGAUGUCGCUCACAUCAUCCUUGUCAAUCAACAUGUUGGCGCCACCACAAUCAUUUGCGAAUCCACUGUCGUCCAUGUCGAAUCCACCAACCACGACCACAACGACCACGACGAGCGCAGCACCAUCAUCAUCACUGGCAGUGACACCAUCCAAGCCUCAAGGCAACGGCCAGGUACUUGGAGGCAAGAGGAAACAACCACCUACACCUGGCUCGUUGGUCAAGGGUCCAGUGCCAUUCAGCGGCCACAACCAACAUCAUCAUCAACAUCAAUCACCAAUCAAACUCAAUCUCAGCAGUAGUGUCAAUGGUGAUUCCUCGAUCGGUCCAGGAAGCAUAAAUGGUUCCAGUCCGGGUGGUGCCAACAACAACAACAAUGGACACAAGAUUAGGAAGUUGUUCCCAUCAAAGGUCAACAUUCACACCAAGCUCAGAGAGGUCAUCACUGGAGUCUGUGUCCUCGAGGCCAAACAACUUGUCUCUGUUCCAGACCUCCCACUCCUCAUUGUCGCCCUGAUCAGACUCUCAUUAUUCUCCACACCAAUCUUCAAGUCUACACCAAAUAAUGAGGAAGGAAAGCAAUUCAGUGAGAUGUUGAACAAGAAUCAAUUGGUGGACAUUGCCAAGACACUAAAGAUGGAGGCAUCAGUCAAGAUAUACUGCCAGACGACUGAGGACCAAUGGUUGGGCUCAAAGAUACACAAGAAGAAGGCAAUGAACGAUAUACAAUUGAUGAGACAACUGCUCAAGAUCAUUAUUUCUGCGCCAAACACACUGCUUCAUACUUUGGCCACACUUCCAAUGACUCUGAAAUCAAUCACAUUGGACAAGGACAUCACGGCCGUGCUGGAGUACGUGCGAGAGAAGCAACCAAUAGUUGGACAGUCUGCCGAGCAAAUGGCGCAGAUCAAGAGAAUACUUGACGCUUCGUCCAAGGCAAUCUCAUCACCAGGUGACAAUAUAUUAUGGGAUCGAUUCAAUGAUGAGUUUUUGCCAAUCAUCACCAGCAGGAAUGAGUUUGAUGCCAAGAUGAAGUCAAUACUCAAGAGUGGCGAUAGUGCUGGUGGUGCUAGUGGCCAGGCCAAACCCAAGGACAAGGACAACGUUGUGUCGUUGCCACAACCCUCGACAGUGCAGCCACAUCAACAACCUCUGGCACAGCCUCCACAAUCAUUCAAGGCACCAACAUCAGCUUCCUCCCCAUCCCCUAUUAUAUUCCCAAGUGCGACCACCAAGCCAACCACUCAAUCUUCAACAUCGGCCACCCAGCCAACUCCUGCAUCCAGCGCCACUACCACCACUACAGCCACAGCCACAGCCACAGGAACAACAUCGACAGCAACAACGACAACAACAACAAUAUUGAGCGCCAAGUCGCAGAGCAAGGCAAUGCAGGAGAAGUCACAAGAGUAUGUUCAGCAGGUACAACUGUCAUUGAAGGAUAUGACGAGUGAUGAGGUGAGGAUCCAGCAUCUGUUGGGCCUGCUUCAGAAACAGAAUCAACAGAUACAGCAGACACAGUUUGAGAAGGAGAGACUGGUCGCCAACAACCAAUCGCUGUUCCAGAAUCUGGAGCGCUACGUAGCCUGGCACAACAGUCUCAAGAUGAAGUGGGACGAAUAUGCAUCAUUCAUGUGCAAUGCCAUGUUGUUCAACUUGCAGCAGCAGCAACAGAGUCAACAUAAGAGAUGA